UGUACUGUAGAUGGACAGAGGCACUCAGUAGGAGAAAGCAAGCAGCCCUUCUGCCUCCAGUCGUGUGUGAAACCUCUGGAGUAUGCUGUGGCUAUUCACGAGGCUGGGACAGAGAAGGUACACCGCUAUGUGGGGAUGGAGCCCAGCGGACUCAAGUUCAACAAGCUCUACCUGGAUGAGGAAGACAAACCUCACAACCCCAUGGUGAAUGCUGGAGCCAUUGUCAUCAGCUCUCUUAUCAAGCCUGGCUCAAACAAGGCAGAGAAGUUUGACUAUGUGAUGGAUUUUAUCAAGAAGAUGGCUGGUCAAGAGUACGUGGGCUUCAGCAAUGCCACGUUCCAGUCUGAGAAAGAAACAGGCGACAGAAAUUUUGCAAUUGGAUAUUACCUCAAAGAGAAGAAGUGUUUUCCUCGUGGGGCAGAAAUGAUUGAUGCACUGGACUUCUACUUCCAGCUGUGUUCCAUAGAGGUGACCUGUGAGUCUGGGAGUGUCAUGGCCGCCACGCUGGCCCAUGGGGGCAUCUGCCCAAUCACAGGCGAGCGGGUGCUGAGUGCCGAGGCCGUACGGAACACCCUGAGUCUCAUGCACUCCUGCGGCAUGUACGACUUCUCUGGGCAGAUGGCCUUCCAUGUGGGCUUGCCUGCUAAGUCUGGGGUGUCUGGAGCGGUUCUGUUGGUUGUCCCUAACGUCAUGGGAGUGAUGUGUUGGUCACCUCCUUUAGACAAGGUUGGAAACAGUGUCCGAGGAAUACACUUCUGCCAGGAGCUGGUGUCUUCGUUUAACUUCCAUAACUAUGACAACCUGAGACACUUUGUCAAGAAGCAGGACCCUCGAAGGCAGGACGGGGAUGAUAGGAACAAGUCUGUGGUGAACUUGAUGUUUGCGGCCUACAGUGGAGAUGUGUCAGCCCUCAGAAGGUUUGCUCUGUCCUCGAUGGACAUGGAGCUGAAAGACUACGACUCUCGGACAGCUCUACACGUGGCUGCAGCAGAGGGUCAUGUAGAAGUGGUACGGUUCCUAACAGACACCUGCAAAGUGAACCCCUUUGUGAAAGAUAGGUGGAGCAGCAUUAACAACACCCCCCUGGACGAUGCCCUGCAGUUUGGCCACGGUGCCGUGGUGAAGGUCUUACAGGAGUACCAGGUGGCUUGCCAGGAACAGGACAGACUACCAGUGGCUGAUAUCAUCCCCAUCCCCCCAAACUAG